AUGGCUGGAAGGAGACGAGGCCGAGGCAGCAACGCCCAGCAACAACAGGCCCCAUGGAACCAAAGAGGAGGCCCUCGUAGAGCUCUGCGGGAGCCAGCUGCUUUUGCCAAGUCUACAGGUUGCGAAUCAGAGAUCCCCAAUGAAAAGCUGACCGUUGCCCAAGCACGGAGGGGUACACCAGCUCAUCGUCCGGUACGAGUCUAUGCUGAUGGGAUCUUUGAUCUUUUCCAUUCGGGGCAUGCUCGAGCUCUGAUGCAGGCCAAAAAUGUGUUUCCCAACACGUACCUGAUUGUAGGAGUCUGCAGUGACGAACUCACCCACAAGUUUAAGGGCUACACGGUGAUGACAGAGGAUGAACGCUACGACUCCCUGAGGCACUGCCGCUAUGUUGACGAGGUGGUGCGAGAUGCUCCCUGGACCCUUACCACAGAGUUCCUCAAGAAACACAAGAUUGACUUUGUGGCCCAUGAUGAUAUCCCGUACACCUCUGCUGGAUCAGAGGAUGUUUAUAAGCACAUCAAGGAAGCAGGAAUGUUUGUUGCCACUGAGAGGACAGAAGGCAUCUCCACAUCUGAUCUGAUCACUCGUAUUGUCCGAGACUAUGACAUCUAUGUUCGACGCAACCUGCAGAGAGGCUACACGGCCCGAGAACUGAAUGUUGGAUUCAUUAAUGACAAGAAAUACCGACUCCAGAACCAGGUGGACAAGAUGAAAGAGACGGUCCGUACGGUGGAGGAAAAGUCCAAACACUUUGUUUACAGAGUGGAAGAGAAGAGCCAAGACCUCAUCCACAAGUGGGAAGAGAAGUCCCGAGAAUUCAUUGGCAACUUCCUGGAGCUUUUUGGACCCGAUGGAGCCUGGCAUGUGAUCCAGGAGCGGAGUGGCCGUAUGCUCCAGGCCCUGUCACCUUACUCCUCGCCCCGUGGCUCCCCUAGCAGCAGCCCCACCAGAAGACGCUCAGUUUCUCCUGACUCCUCCCCCUCCUCCCCAUCCCCCUCCUCUCGCUCCUCUCCUUCCUCUCCAUCCUCUCCCUCCUCACCUGAAACGGAGACACACUCCUCUCUAAAAGCUGCCUCCACAUACAGCAGACAUGUACAAUGAGUUCAUCAUGCUUUGGUAAUCUUUAUUGGUCUUACAGGCUAUUAAUCUGGG